UUUCUUUUUCAUAAUUAAUAAUUUUUAUACUUUCGGUUUCUGAGCUGCGCUGAGAUGAAAAGAGGCGGCAGCAGAAGAACACCAAAAUCCCAUCAAAAAAAUCAAAACUUUGACGACACUUGGAGUUUCAAACCUCUUUAUGAAUCUCAAUCUGAUGAUCCCAAAUCAUUACCACAACCUUCAACUUCAAGAUCCACCUCAUCACAGUUUAUUCCUUCCAAUAAAGCUCGUAAUAAUAAAAACCCCAACUGGGUCUCCAAGAAUCAUAAUCUUGGAACUCAAUUUGGCCCAAAACAAGGGGAAGAUGAAGCUAAUAAAGAUCAUGAUGGAAAUAAAGGAAAAGAGAUAAUGAAGGAUUUGAAUGACGUACAGACAGAUAAUAAUUUUGAAGAUGACUUUGAUUUUGAUGAUGUGGUGAAAAGAUUAGAAAAUUUGAGAAUUUUGAGUGAACAAGAACCCGAUUUAUCUGAGGAUUUGUUAAUUAAUAAUGAUCAGUUACAACACGAUGAGGUACUGGCAAUGGAAUCUAUUUAUGGAGAGAACAUAUUUAUUAUGGACAAGCAGAAUGGAAUGCGGUCUUUUCAGAUUCAUAUCCACAUUGAAAUUCCAGUAGUACUAACCAUCUCUACCAAACUAAAUUCCACCCAAAAUAUUAAUACAAAUACCAAUGAAUCAGAAGAUUUUUCAUAUUCUUUUGAAGUCAACUAUAUUCCACCAAUAAUUUUGACUUGUUUAUUGCCUAAGUCAUACCCCACACAUCUCCCUCCCUAUUUUACAAUCUCUGUACAAUGGUUGGAUUCUUUGAAAAUUUCUAGUCUUUGUUCCAUGUUGGAUUCAAUAUGGAAUGAACAACACGGACAAGAAGUUAUUUACUCGUGGGCUGAAUGGUUGCAUAGUUCUGCUCUUUCUUAUCUUGGAUUUAAUAAAGAAAUAAUUCUUGGCCCGUAUGGUGUGAAACACCAUGGUGAUCCACGUGCAAUUUCGGGAUGCAUCUCCCCAGAUGUCGAUGUUCCUUCAUUGAAGAGUUACAAUGACGAAAAACGGGUUGAAGAUUUUCGUAAAAACUUGCAAGAAUGUUGCAUUUGUUUGAGUGAAUUUGCUGGUAGUGAAUUUAUAAGAUUGCCAUGUCAGCAUUUCUUCUGUGAAAAAUGUAUGAAAACUUAUGCAGACGUCCUUGUACAAGAAGGUACUGUGAUGAAACUUUCUUGCCUCACUGCAAAAUGUGGGGGCAUGAUACCACCAGGUCUUCUGAAGCGACUGCUUGGUGACAAAGAAUUUGAAAAAUGGGAAUCACUUACAUUGCAGAAGACCCUUGAAUCAAUGUCCGAUGUGGUUUAUUGUCCAAGAUGUGAAAUGGUGUGCAUAGUAGAUGAAGACCAACAUGCUCAAUGCUCCAAAUGCUUCUUUAGUUUUUGUACGCUUUGCAGGGGAAAACGCCAUGUUGGAGAUAUGUGUCUCACUCCAGAGAUGAAGCUCCGUGUAUUGCAGGAGAGACAGAACUCGACCCAAAUGAAUGAUAAACAACGGAAGCGUGAACAUGAUUUGAUCGAGGAGCUUCUUAGUGUCAAAGAGAUAUUUCGAGAUGCAAAACUAUGUCCGUCUUGUAAGAUGGCAAUUUCAAAAACGGAGGGCUGCAACAAAAUGGUCUGUGGAAACUGUGGCAAGUAUUUUUGCUACCGAUGUAAUAAGGCCAUUGAUGGCUACGACCAUUUCAGGGAUGGAAAGUGUGAACUUUUUCCACAAGAAGACGUUCUAAUCUGGGAGGCGCAGAUGAACCCACGACAAUUAGUGGGCCAGGUAGCUGCUCAACUGUUUGCUGGUGUUAGACAGUUGUGCCCUCAAUGUGGUCAAAUGAAUGCGAAGGUUGGCAAUAAUAAUCACAUAUUCUGCUGGGCUUGUCAAAGCCACUACUGUUAUCUGUGUGGAAAGAUUGUCAGGCGUGGCUUACAACACUUCGGCCCAAAGGGGUGCAAACAACACACUGUCGGAUAGUUUGAACUUUUUCUCGCAACAUUCUAUUGUUUUUUGUGAACCCAACAUGUGAUAGGGUCUUAUGGUCAUCACAUAGCUUCAUUGUGUGUUUUUUUUUGUGCGCUUCGUAAAAACCUUUUUGCGUUUAAUUCAUUGGUAAUACCUUGUAUAUGCUUUGAGGUAAAAAUGUUGCAUGAAGGAGAAUGUUGGUUUGGUGAA